UUGUGCCACAAAUGAGGGUUUCACAUGGCUACUAGGGCAGAGUUUAAUGGCACUUCAAAGGGUGUUUCCUGUCAUUAGCUUAUCGCCAUGCUCCAUGUUUAUUUUUUAGAUAGAUUUCCAGGCUGUUGCUUGGUUACCUCCACAAUACAUUGGGAGUGGUGACACACUUAAGUUUCAUUUACUCAGAAAUGGUGUAUCACAUGCUGGUCACUUGUUUUAAUGGAAAGCUCUACUCCCCCUUCAAAGUUCUUCUCACAGUUCCUGUAUUUUUAUAGUGCUACAAGUCCAUUGUUCUAUGGUGACUGACAUGGAUAACAUUGCUCUGAUCUAUAAGGUCUUAAGUGCCCAUAAUGGAUCAUUUGAGCUGGGAGAAUUACGUGCUAAUAUCGGCAGGGUUGAAGAUGACCUGAAGUGUGUUUUAGGGAAUCCGGAGAUGUUCACGAGUACAGUCUACAAAGGGAAGCAAAUGAUAGUUGCCAAGACGAAAAUGAGGUUGUGCCAAGCCAAGGGAUGUAAUGAUUGCAGUAAUUUACAUGUGUGUAAGUUCUUCCUGUAUGGAACAUGUCCAUCCAAUGAGAGACAAGGAUGUUUCCUCAGCCAUGAGCUGACCUCAGAGCACAACAGAAGAGUUCUGGGUGAGCAUCACCUGGAGGAACUGGACAGGAGGGAGCUGUGUACAUUACUGCUUCAGAAUGACGACAGGCUUUUACCCCCAGUUUGUUUCAUAUACAACAAAGGUGGCGGACGGUAUGGAUACUGUCCUGACAAGGACAGCUGCACAAGACUCCACAUUUGUCAGCGCUACAUUUCCGGAAUCUGUGCUGCAGAAGUGGACUGCGACAAGUCUCAUGACUUCUACGAGCCCCAGCCGCUAAACACCCUGCAAAAUAGAGGAGUGCCUAAUGAACUGGUGGCAUCUAUGUUGCCCACUUAUAGAAACAUCCAGGCAAUCGGUGACACAAAAUAUUGCAAAAACAACUCAGUUGGCCAACUGCUGCAAUCCAAAGCUUUCCCCGGUCACUGGGAUAAAUGUUCUGUACCUGAGACUGGAUUCAAGAGGGUUGCCCUGCAGAGAUCCUCAGAUGAGUACAAGAAGAUUCUGGAUCUUUUCCAUCAAACUAUGCCUGGCUUCAAUGUGAAGAGUAUUGAGAGGGUGCAGAAUAGGAUCCUGUGGGACAUCUUUCAGUGGCAAGAAGAUGUGAUGAGAGGGAAAAACGCAGGGACAGAGAACGAGAGGCACCUCUUCUAUGGAACAGACUCUAAACACGUGGACGACAUAUGCUUGCAGAAUGUAGACUGGAGGAUGGAGAGAAGGCAUGGUAUGCCCUACGGGAAAGUCCAUCUCUUUCCAGGAGGUUACUUCUCCAAGGAUGCCAGUAACUCCCACAGCUACACUAGCCAGUCAGGAGUCAGGUCCAUGUUUGUCUGCCGUGUGAUGGUGGGAAUCUACACGCAAGGCCAUCCCAGCUCCAUCCAGCCCCUGUUAAAAGUCUCCUACGACAGCUAUGUGGAUCAUGUCAGCAACCCCUCCAUAUUUGUCGUGGUCAACAAACACCAAGUGUACCCAGAGUACCUUAUUCAGUACAGAGAAGGGUCCAGGCCCCUCACCUAUGGUCCGGCCCUCAGCUCUAACCCAAACCAGACCCAGUACAUACACUGGCAACCUACUCCAGUCAUGCUGCAGUCUCAAGCCACCCCUGGCCAGCCCAAAAACACACGGUUCAUAUAUCCUCAUCCAAGAUUUGUCCAGCGCGAAUCCACACUCAGUACCCAGCCACAAACACUAUUGUCACACCACUCAAACCCAGCUGGGCUACCUGCUCAUCCCUCUAUGCAAAAUCCUGCAGGAAAGAGAACCCAAAGACCUACCUUAAGGCACGCCUCUGCUCAGUUCGGUUCCAUGAACUCUUUGACACAGACAUCAUUUCAGCCAGGAUUGAGGAUUUACACUCCUCACCAAGCAUUCUUCCCAAUGACCUCUGCAGCAUGUCCACCAAGGAGAUCACAGUUUGCUGGAAUGAAGGCAAAAAGUAAAUCCAUGGCAUCAUUAGAUAACCCAUAACACUUUGUUGUUUACAUUAUUUUUGGAAAUGUACUGUAAAAUGAAAGAAUGUGUACUACACCCAUGUUUGGUGAAUGAUAAAUACCAAAAUUGGCCUAUUCUUACAUACACUCAGUUGAAGUGAAUAUAUUCGAACUUUUCACCACAUCAGAUAAAGUAAAACCAUUGAAGAGCAAUUUGUUCAGGAAGUAAAACUAGAUGUUUGAGGCUUAAUUAUAGUAAAACACAUGUAUUCAUUUUGACAGUUGGUUGCAGCAAACCAACCACUCAUAAUCCUCCCACUCAAUCAACACAACCAUUCUCAGACAGUCCUCAACUUCCAGACACUGGUGCUCAUCCUUAUCAUGGCACGAGUUAAAGUGAACCUCUGUAUCAUUUCAACCAUCGCCAUAAUGAUAUUUAGGAAAUACUCCCCCACCCAUAGCUUUUCACCUGAAUGCAUUUUUUAAACAUUGUUUGGGGCAAAAGGUGAAGCUGGAGGGUUUACAUGGUGGUUAAAACUGAUUGUAUCGAAUUCAACUAAAUGUAUUGGAUUCCACUCACCACUAGGUGGUAGCACAUACAACCUUUCAGCCAACAGUAAAGUGACACUGCAGAUGGUCAUUAUACCCCCACAAUGGUGCUGGUGGCAGUUGGUUGAGAUGGAUGUGAAUUGGCAGAAACAGGGCACUCCAAACCAUACUGGGGUACAGGUUGAAUAAAUGAGUAAGCGCAGACAGAAGUGGAUGAAACAUUAAUAAUUAACAGCCUUGCUCUGUAUAGCGCCUAGUAAAGUUCUACAUAUUGCAUUUAGUCAUGCUGCUUUAAAAAUGAAAAGAAAAAAAUUAUACUAAUGUACACAAGUUAGUUGGUAGCAUCAUGUUAUGGGUGUGUUUGUCACAAUAAUAUGAAAAUUAGCGUGGAUU